AUGCCCCUCGACGAAGAAAUCGAAAUCUGCAGAGUAUGUCGGUGUCCCUCCACUCCAGAACAGCCGCUUCAUUAUCCAUGCAAAUGUUCGGGAUCGAUGAAAUAUGUGCACCAGGAUUGUCUUGAAGAAUGGCUACAGCACAGCAAAAAGCGCCAAUGCGAGAUUUGCAACUAUCCCUUCUCUUUCACCCCAAUAUACUCUGACCAAGCCCCCGAACGCAUAUCCGUCCUCUUUUUCAUCUCCGUCCUUGGCCGCCGCCUGCUCUCCAUGUCCCGCUUCUACACUCGCGUAGUCGUAGCUGCCCUCGUCUGGCUGAUAUGGGUGCCGUACCUCACCGUGUGGAUAUGGCGGAUGCAUUUCCAGCCGUCGUUAUUACUCAGCGCGUUUGUGGAUGGGCAGGCGACGUUAUGGAAGGCGGUGAAGAUUGAGAUUCCGUUUGGGAGGUUGGCGGUGUUUGCGACGACGAUGCCGUUGAUUCCGUUUAGGUCGUCACCGCCGACGGAGGGAAGGGCGGAACCCUGGGCGUUUGCUGUGGGUGGGCCGGAUUAUGGUCGACUGCUGAGCACAUUCUUCGCCGACGUCUUCGAAGGCCAAAUCAUUGCCUCAAUCGCAGUCAUCAUCUGCCUCGCCUUCCUCUGUCUCCGAGAAUACGUCGUGAUGAACACGCCGGUGGAUGGACAGGGCCGGCCUAUCAAUCUCCCGGCACCGCCCGCGGAACUGGACGAGUUGCCGCCGGUGGAAGCUGCGGUUGAGGAGGCUGUGAGGAUGCAUAUGGCGGAACAGGAGCGGGAAAAUGGGGGUGUGGUGGGACUGCCCGCUGCUGAACAACCGGUUCCACAUGUACAUGGCGAUUUUAUUGCACAUCGGACGGAUGGUGGGGAUGCGGCGGAAGACAAACUUGAUGUUCAGCAAAGUGGAAAUCGACAACCAUUCGCGUAUGUUGGGAUGUACGACCCAGCAAACAUCGGAAAGGACGCGGUCGAGGUGAACGCAUCCAGUUCGGGCCUGCGGCGACGGAGGAGUACCGGGCACACUACGGAGGAGGAAGAGCAUAGCCGUCACGCGUCUGAAGACCAUGCAUCGAGUUCCGGUGUCCAUCGACCACCACAACCAGAGAAUCCCGGGUCACUACACUCAGUAGACUCGAAGGACCACCCACCCCCACGCUUCGGCAGCACCAUCCCCGGCCUCGGCUUCGACCACGAAAUCUCGCAAUUCGGGGCACGGAUAACAGCCUUCCCCACCUUAGCAUCCGAAACCGAGGCGCAUGAAGUCCCCCCCAACGCCCUUCAGCCCAUGUCUUUGGGUCUAGGCGACACGUCGUUUGAUGAGGAUGAAGACGAUGACGAUGAGCAGGAGGAGGCGGAGCAGGAAAGCGUGGUUGUGGAUAAGGGGAAGAAAUCGGUCAUGUUGGAAGCGUUGGAAGCGGAUGCGGAGGAGACUGCGAAACGGUUGCGGAGUGCUGCUACUGAUUAUGAUUUGAUGAAGUUGAAGCGGUCGGGGUCGCAGCAGGAUGCAUCGGAGGAUCACGGUGGCGCGAGUCUCGUGGUUGAAUCUGCAGAUGAAGCCAACUCGGAGGAUGCAGCGGCGAUACCUGAAGACGACAACGACCAGAUGUGGGAAGACAUCGACGACGUAUUUAACGAGCCGGUCGCACCCAAUAAUGCCCGAGGAGUGCUGCUCGGCUAUUUCGGUGGGAACAGGGAGGACGGCGAACGCGAACACGAUAAUAUCGCCCAACAACAACAACCACCCCCACCACCCCCACCCCGCCCCGCCCCCGUCCACCCCCUCGUCCGCCACAUAGCCGACGCCGCCGCCGCCAACCCCAACCCCGACGUAAUCCGUCAACUCGAAGCCGCCGCCCCCAACGCUCCCCCUGCCGACAACAACAACAUCGACCUAAACGUCAACAACGAGAUGAACGCCUUCCUCGAACUCGUCGGCGUCUACGGUCCCCUCGAGCACCUCUUGCAGUCCGUCAUCAUGGUAGUCCUCGUCAUCAUCGUCGCCCUCCUCCUAGGGGUGUGGAUACCCUACUGGAUCGGCCGCGCGAUGAUGUACAUGGUGAAAGAUGUGUAUGCACCGGGCGUCGGGUGGGCGGUGGAGAAGUUGCAGGUGGUGACGGAUCCGUUGCUGGAUCCGGUGGUGGAUUUGGUGUUGGGCGGGGUUAAGGUGGCGGGGGUUGGCGGGGUUGGGGCGGGGGCUGUGAGGAAGUUUGUGGGGAAGGGGGCAAGUGAGAGUGUGGGCGGCAGAGUGAAGGGGAAUCUGACGGAGGAGGGUAAUCGGGAUAUUCCGCGAGCGGUUGAUGUGGAGAAGGCGAAUGAGACGGUGACGCCGGUGAUGGUGCAGGUCUUUGAGGCUCAGAUCGCGAGCAGUGUCAACUACACCGACACGCUUACUUCCAAGGCCAACCUUACUGUGGUUGGUAACACCACAUUACCCUCAGUUGGGUCGAAGAACGCUGCUGCAGACGCCGAAGAGCCGGAGAAGUUCCUGGGUAUCCCGGAGAAGAUCCUGUUUACGAUUAUUGGAUAUUUCACGCAGAUUUUUUUUAUCUUUGAUUAUGCUAGACGAACGGGGUUGUUGCAGCAUCCUUAUGCGCAGACUUUGAAGAGGAUUUCGUUGAAGUGGUUUUCGUAUCUGGGCAUGGGUAUCAAGUUCUCAUUCUUCCUAACAAUCGAACUCGGCGCCUUCCCGCUCUUCUGCGGAAUCCUAAUCGACAUCUGCACCCUCCCCCUCUUCGGCGCGCACGUCAACCUCGCCUCCCGCUGGGCCUUCUACAAAGCCCACCCCUGGACCUCCGAAUUCCUCCACUGGCUCGCGGGCACCACCUUCAUGUUCCAAUUCGCCCUCUACAUCUCCACCAUCCGCCGCGUCGUGCGUCCGGGGGUCAUGUGGUUCAUCCGCGACCCUAACGACCCGCAGUUCCAUCCGAUGAACGAUAUCCUUGAGCGGCCGGUGCUUACGCAGAUUCGGAAACUGGCGUUCGGGACCAUGAUGUACGCGCUGAUGGUCGUCGGCGGGGUCGGGGGCGUUGUCGGGUGCGUGUGGGUGUACGAUCACCUGACGGGGCAGACGGAGGGUCCCGGGAAGAUGUGGCCGUUGAAGUGGGAUUUGUCGGAGCCGAUGUCGGAGUUUCCGAUCGAUUUGCUGAUUUUUCAUUUUGUGGUGCCGUGGACUGUGGCGUGGAUCCAGCCGAAGGAGCUGUUAGAGAGGCUGGUGCAGGCGUGGUUCAGGGUUAUGGCGAGGCAUUUGAGGUUGACGAGUUUUUUGAUUGGGGGGGUGGGGGUGGAAGUGGAGAGAAUUGGGGGUGGGGAGGGGGGGAAUGAGCGGGUGGAUCACGGACAGGGCAAUGGUGCGGGUAUUGUGGCGGUUGAAAACGCCGUCGAGACCGAAGGGGACGCGGGCGCUGACGUUCAACCCGCGAACGCGCCAGUUACUGGCGGCAAUGUCGCGGAGACCGAGACAGGGAGCGGUCUUACGGAAGCGAAAGAAGGAGAACCUUCAUCAGCGCCUCAUCGCUCCGAUACCGAAGGAGAACCUGCAGCCUCAUCAAGCUCACCCACGAAGCCAACCACAUCCUCCACCAAACCCCGAACAAAACACGGCCUAGACCGCGAAUUCCCCUACAUGCGCGUCCCCAACCACGACCACGUGGAACUCAUUCCGGGCGAACGCAUGCUAACCCCAAUGCGGAGGGACGAACCCUUACGUGGCAGGGAGGGCGAGACGGAGGAGGAGGUGCGGUUGAAUUGGACGAAGGUUUAUGUGCCGGAGGAUUUCAAGAUAAGGGUGGGGCUAUUGCUGUUUUUCCAGUGGGUGUGUGGGACGUUGUUGAUUGCUGCGAUUAUCAUCGUGCCUCUAUUCCUGGGUCGGACAUUCUUCAUCCAAGCCUCCACACUCAUCCCCAACGUCGAAGCAUUCACAACCCCCUCCUACAACCCUCUAAGGAACGCAACCCUGCUCGCAGAAACAGCAAACAACACGACCACAACAAUCUCGCAUCCGAAACGCAUCAUGCGCCCCGACUUGCCUGUUCACGACAUGUACUCAUACGCGGUCGGGAUCUUCUUGCUGUUCUUGACGCUGCAUCCUGUUAUACGGCUGAAUGAUUUGAUUCGAUCGUGGCAGCGGAGGACGCAUACCCAGCGGACGACUAUUGCGCAACGUGCUUCUCCCGCUGCGAAUACUGGAGGAGUCGGCCAUUCGAUAGGCGGGGAGACUCCAGCUCGCAUUGUGCGGCGACACCCAUGGCGACGCGUAGUGCGGAGAUGGGUGCAUCGUGGGAUGCGAUCCUCGGUUCUGGUGGCGAAACUGGCGUUUCUGGGAUUCAUGUUUGGAAUCCUCCUACCGCUACUGGAGGGAUUACUCUUCGACAUGUACCUAAUCCAACCCUUCCGCCCCCUCGUCGUUCCACGGUUUGCGUCAACCGGCGGUCUCCCAACACCAGUGCAACCCACCUCCGGUGGCGGCGGCGGCUCGCGCUACGUCGGGGUCAACCUCGCCGCACCGCCCACCCACGCCCAAGCGACACGGAUGCUGAUCCAAGCGUUGUUGCAAGACUGGGCCCUCGGCGCAGUCUACAUGAAGAUCGGCUGGGCGCUCGUGAUGGUCGGCCCGGAGAACGACGUGCAGCGCGUUCUUCGGGAGAUGGUCACCGGCGGCGUGCGGCGCGUGCGGGUCCGGCCCGUGUGGAACGUUGUCAUCCGCCCAUUACUGCUCAUCUGCCUCGCGCUCACCAUCGUGCCGAUUUCCGCCGCGGCGGGGAUCCGGUAUGUGUGGAAACCGGCGUUGAUGCAGGCCGGUGGGGGUGGGGAUAGCGAGUCGACGGUUAGUCUGGCGUUGAGUCUGAGGUGGGCGUUUCCGGGGACCUUGGUAUGUGGGUUGGUUGUGGGCGCGCUGUGGGCGGGUGUGAAGGCGCUGUUGGCGUGGAUGGAGCAGAUUAGGGAGGAGCAGUUUUUGGUGGGGAGGAGGCUGCAUAAUUUGGAUGAUGGGGGGGCGGUGGCUGGGCGGGCGCCGCAGACGACAGCCCCGCAAGUACCGGCACCGGUUGUUGAUGCACCUGUACGGGAUGGACAUCCGACAGCGGCGCCACUGCCUGAGGAAGGCUCGAUAGCGGCGGGACCAUCCGACAUUCACCAGCAACAAUCACUCGCCACCACCAACACCACUGAGCCUCUACCCUCAUCAUCCAUCUCGACGGCAGUUGGUGCCGUUGAAGCUCUGACGGACCCAUUGCAUACCGCGGAAGGCAUCCUCUGA